AAGUCGCUAUGGUGACGGAAAGGUUGGGAAUCUUCUCUAUUACUGGCCCCACAGCUGUAGGAGCAGUAACCGCUGCUUUCUUGGAUUUUGAGUGAAUACAGUCCAAGUGAUAUUUUAAAAAUUUGCUGGAAGUGGAAACAUGAGACUGAAGAUAUCUCUUUUAAAAGAACCAAAGCAUCAAGAAUUAGUAAGUUGUGUGGGCUGGACUACUGCUGAAGAAUUAUAUUCAUGUAGUGAUGAUCACCAGAUAGUGAAAUGGAACUUGUUAACCAGUGAAACAAGUCAAAUUGUAAAGCUUCCUGAUGAUAUUUACCCUAUAGAUCUUCACUGGUUUCCAAAAAGUUUAGGCAUAAAGAAACAGACACAAGCAGAAAGCUUUGUUCUCACAAGUUCUGAUGGUAAAUUUCAUUUGAUUUCUAAGUUAGGAAGAGUCGAGAAAAGUGUAGAAGCUCACUGUGGAGCAGUACUUGCAGGAAGAUGGAAUUAUGAAGGUACAGCACUAGUUACAGUUGGAGAAGAUGGACAAAUUAAAAUUUGGUCAAAGACUGGGAUGCUUAGAUCAACUUUAGCUCAGCAAGGAACACCAGUAUAUUCAGUAGCAUGGGGCCCUGAUUCAGAAAAGGUUCUUUAUACAGCAGGCAAACAGCUGAUCAUUAAACCUCUUCAACCAAAUGCUAAAAUUUUACAGUGGAAAGCUCAUGAUGGCAUUAUUUUAAAAGUUGAUUGGAACUCAGUCAAUGAUCUUAUUUUAUCUGCUGGUGAAGAUUGUAAAUAUAAGGUGUGGGAUAGUUAUGGCCGCCUCCUAUACAGUUCACAACCCCACGAGCAUCCUAUUACCUCAGUUGCCUGGGCUCCAGAUGGAGAAUUAUUUGCUGUUGGAUCGUUUCAUACUUUACGCUUGUGUGAUAAAACUGGGUGGUCUUAUGCUUUAGAAAAACCCAACACUGGCAGCAUAUUUAAUAUUGCAUGGUCAAUUGAUGGCACUCAGAUUGCUGGAGCCUGCGGAAAUGGGCAUGUUGUUUUUGCACAUGUAGUGGAGCAACGUUGGGAGUGGAAAAAUUUUCAAAUAACAUUAACUAAAAGACGGACUAUGCAGGUUCGCAACGUUCUUAAUGAUGCAGUGGAUUUGCUGGAAUUCCGUGAUAGAGUCAUUAAAGCAUCUUUGAACUAUGCACACUUAGUUGUUUCAACGUCUCUUCAAUGUUAUGUGUUCUCUACAAAGAACUGGAAUACACCACUUAUAUUUGAUCUUAAAGAAGGAACUAUUAGUUUAAUUCUACAGGCAGAAAGACAUUUUCUUCUUGUAGAUGGUGGUGGUAUCUAUGUAUAUUCCUAUGAAGGGCGCUUCAUUUCUUCUCCAAAAUUUCCUGGAAUGAGAACAGAUAUUCUUAAUGCACAGACUGUGUCUCUGAGUAAUGAUACUAUAGCCAUAAAAGACAAAGCUGAUGAAAAAAUAAUCUUCCUUUUUGAGGCAUCAACUGGAAAACCACUAGGUGAUGGGAAGCUUCUUUCUCAUAAGAAUGAAAUCUUGGAAAUUGCUCUGGAUCAAAAAGGACUUACUAAUGAUAGAAAAAUUGCAUUCAUUGAUAAAAAUAGAGAUCUCUAUAUCACUUCAGUGAAACGAUUUGGGAAGGAAGAACAAAUUAUCAAACUUGGAACAAUGGUGCAUACUUUGGCAUGGUGUGAUACAUGCAAUAUCCUUUGUGGACUUCAAGAUACUCGAUUCACAGUGUGGUAUUACCCCAAUACGGUUUAUGUGGACAGAGACAUUUUGCCUAAAACUUUGUAUGAAAGAGAUGCAAGUGAAUUUAAUAAAAAUCCUCAUAUUGUGAGUUUUGUUGGAAAUCAGGUAACUAUAAGAAGAGCUGAUGGCUCCCUGGUACACAUCAGCAUAUCACCAUAUCCUGCUAUUCUCCAUGAAUAUGUAAGCAGUUCAAAAUGGGAGGAUGCUGUAAGACUUUGUCGCUUUGUUAAGGAGCAAACCAUGUGGGCUUGCCUAGCUGCUAUGGCAGUUGCUAAUCGGGACAUGACUACUGCAGAAAUAGCUUAUGCAGCAAUUGGUGAGAUUGAUAAGGUUCAAUACAUCAAUUCAAUAAAAGAUCUUCCCUCUAAAGAAUCAAAAAUGGCUCACAUACUAAUGUUUAGUGGAAACAUACAGGAGGCUGAAAUAAUGCUUCUUCAAGCUGGCCUUAUUUAUCAAGCAAUUCAGAUCAAUAUUAAUCUCUAUAACUGGGAAAGAGCCCUGGAGUUGGCUGUAAAAUACAAAACACAUGUUGAUACAGUUCUUGCUUACCGUCAAAAGUUUUUGGAGACCUUUGGUAAACAGGAAACUAAUAAACGAUACUUGCAAUAUGGAGAAGGUCUUCAAAUAGAUUGGGAGAAAAUCAAAGCCAAAAUUGAGAUGGAAAUUACUAAGGAACGAGAGCGAUCAUCAAGCAGCCUGUCCAGCAAGAACAUGGGGCUAAAGCACUAAGUGACAUGCUAACCUUUAAAAAUGUUAUCUUUUGAAAUUAAUUUUGACUAGACAAAGAUAAGCAUGUUUUGGUUGCUAAAGAAAAAUGCAUCAUCUUUAAAUAAUAAUGAGCACUUUCUGCAUAUUAGUAAAAGUACAUUCAAUUCAGUAAGGUUAAGUGCAGAAUAAUUGAUGUAAUGCCAUCUUUUAUAUUUUUCUAAUUAGCCAUUUCUUUAUACGUCUCUAUACCUGUUGAUUACAUUCCAGUUUUUUCUUUAUUACUUUAUCCCUGAAUCUUCAGUUUCAACAAUUUUAAUGCUGAUAAUAGAACAUUGAAUUCUUUAAAAUGUAUGCUAUCAUUAAUUUAUUUGACCUCCACAUUGUAAAACACCUCCAAAAUUUUAUAAAAAAAAAUGAUAAUGAUGGAUUUUUGAAAAUGUGUAACAAUGUAGACACUUGAAUACUGAAGUUCAUAGCAGCAUUAUUUGAAUAGUAAUGGGUGAAAACAACUCAAAUAUCCAUCAACAGAUGAGUGAUAAACUAGUGUGGUAUGCACAUACAAUAAAAUAUUAUUUACUGUUACCAUGAAAUUAAAUUCUGUUACAUGCUACAAGAUGGAAAAAUUAUGCAAAAUGAAAUAAACCAGACACAAAGGUCUAAUAGUCUGUGAUACUACUUAUAUGAGAAUAAGCAAAUUCAUAGAGACAGAAAGGAAAAUAGUGAUUAUCAGUGAUCAGAGAGAGGGGGAGGAGUUUAUCAUUUAAAGGACAUAGAGUUUAUGUUUAGGAUAAACAAAUUCUGGAAAUACAGAUAGUGGUUGUGGCCUCACAACAUCAUAAAUAUUAAUGCCUCUGAAUUAUAGUCUUAAAAUGAUUAAAAUGCUAAAUCUUAUUAUGUAAAUUUAACAUAAUUUAAAAAACAUACAUAGAAUAAGCAAGAGGUAUUUCCUUUAUUCCUCUCCUGACUUGAGAAUGAUCUGGCUAUAGGCCCUGGGAAUCUGAAAGAUUUGUGAAAAUCUCCUUAGUUAAUAAACCUAUUUGACUAGCUUUAACUCAGUAUGUCCCAAAAUUAUUAUUACCACAAAAGCUUUUUAACAAUAAUACAAAGAUCCCUUAGAAAGCCUCCCAUGAAUUUGUAUUUUGGCAACAGUACAUUAUAGAGUGGGUAUGUGCAUAUACAUUGGAAAAGGAUUAACUCUUUUACCUUCAUUUUAAUUACUCUUUAGUUUUUUUCUUUUAUAAAAAUGUUCUUUACUUUUCAACACAUUUCUUUUCUGAAAUGUUGGAAUAUGCUAUUCUUGAUGCAGAUGCUGGAUGUAAGGAUGUAUUCAGUUUGUGAAAUCUGACUAAUCAGUUUAUUUGUAAGU